AUGGUCGACGACAAAGGUCCAAUGAUCAUUGCGUUUUGCGCUAUCCUCUCGAACGCAUUAGUGACCACCUCGUUCGGUUGGGGUAAUGGCAAACACUUCACAGCUCUCGAUUUGGAACAGAAGCAGAACACAGUCAAGUGGAUGAUAGCGGCGUACGUCCCAGGCAUUGAAACUCUCGGCUUCCCGAAGCUAGCCGUGAUCGCGUUUCUCACACGGUUGCUUGCGCCGGGCAAGCUGCACCUCCGGAUAUUAUGGUCGAUGGGGACCAUAUGCUGCCUGUCACUUACAGCUAUGGUCUUGACGCUUCUGCUGCAGUACACGCCUCCUAGAGCCCUCUGGACUUUUUCAAUGCCGCGGGACUGCCUAGACCCGAAGAUUUUGGAAGGUCUGGCCUUCUGGGCCAGUUCUUUUUCUGCCUUUUUUGAUUUUUACUUGGCUGUAUAUCCAGCAGUAGUGCUCUGGAAAUUGCAGAUGCGGUUCCAGAAGAAGCUGGCGGUCACCUGCGCGCUUGGAAUGGGCAUCAUCAUUGAGGGGAAUCUCACCAUCAUCGCGGCUUGCAUCCCGAUUCUGCAACCCAUCCUCGAGAUGUUCAAAGAGCGCAGCAUCUGGUCUCUCGACAGAAAAUCGGGCAGCUACCAGUACAACAGCCACAGCAAGAGGAGCGCACACCAGCAGCAGCAACAGCAGCAAGACUCGAUCGAACUGAGAAGCAAGCCUAGGAAAAAGGUUGAUGUAUAUGGGUUCACGAUGCACGCCAAGGAAGACAGUGAAGAGAGUAUCGUGCAUCCGGAUAAGCAUUCUGCGUAG